GAUUAAUCCGGCUCUGUUUUUAGCCAGUGGCCAGCUGAACAAUUUAAAGAAGUGCGGUACACCUGGUGAUGUGCUUGCGCCCAUGCGCCAUAUGUUUAAUAUGAACACAUUCCAGAGCUUGUUUGGAAUGGUAGUGCAGGCAUACAGAAUCGCCGCAAUGUCGGGCAAGACUGUGACAAUAAACCCAACAUGGGGUCUACGGCCAGCUUAAUCUUUUGGCUUGGCUUUCCUAACCUACCAAAAUAAUUUAAAAAUAUCGGUUGUUUAUCUAAUCUUUUAUUCUAUUUAUUUGGAAAAUUAAGCAAAUUAAAAGGUCAUUCAGUAAAGUAUGUUCUAUCAGGAUGUAUAUGAAAAACAAUAAAAAUAUAUUCUAAUUUAUUUGUGGCAUGUGGACCUUCCAAAGCUAGGUACUCCCAGAUUUUGCUAAACGGACUCAUCUAUGAAACAGUAUGGAAACAAAACCUAUGAUAAUUGGAGCACAUAUUCGAGAUGAAACAAUUGAACAUGAUCCGCUGGAUGAUGCGGAUUAUACUAUUGUUUGUGCUGGUGAAGAAGACAUAGACUAUGGAUGCUGUUGCUAUUGCGCUGAUGAAUAUGACACCUUACAUCUAAGGGAUAAACAUGAAGUAGAAUGUACUUUUGGGCCAAAACUAGUUAUAAAAAUUAAGGUUGAUAGGUCAAUUGAAGAGCUUCUAAAAUCAAAAUUACAACAAUGCACUAGUGCUGAAGAGGGGAAGCCUAAAAUAGUUAUACAAAAUGGCAAACGUCUUGGUACGAAAAAUAAAAGAAGAAAGAAAUUAUUAAUUCAUAAGUGUUCAGUAUGUGAUUACAAAACAAAUCUAAUGGGACAUUAUACCAGACAUUUUAAGAGCCACUAUCCAGAUAUAUUAUGCCCUGGAUGCGAUAAAAAAUUUAGAAGUAAAGGCGUGUUAGAUGAACACGUUAUUCGUCAGCAUGGUGAUGAUGACAAAUUGGUUAAGACUAUAACUAGCAGCCCUUUAUUUGUCUGCUCUUUCGCAUUAUGUAGAAAAAGAAGAUGUCCAGCUACGGUCUGCGAUAAUAUAAAAGUGAAAUGUCGUGCAGUAGAAUGCAGUGAAGGAUUCAUCGAAAAAAGGCACCCGAGUUGUGCAGAUGUUGUCCAUUUUGUUAUAAACUAGUCGCUAAAGGAGGCAACUGCUCUGACCCCUGGGAAACAGCUUGUGAAGAGGGCGCAUCAUGUUACCGUGGAGUCUGCGAGUAAUAGGGCACUUCUCGUACA